AUGGUCACUGCAUACCCUCUCCCUGAAGGCUUCACUGAAUUAGAGGUGUUUGCCAUCGGCACUGCCCUGCUGGUAGAAGCCCUGCUUGGUUUCUGUCUGAAUGGCUUGACAAUUAUUUCUUUCCGAAAAAUCAAAGAACUCCGAACACCCAGCAAUCUGCUGGUUCUCAGCAUUGCACUGGCCGACUGUGGGAUCUGCAUCAACGCAUUCAUUGCUGCCUUUUCCAGCUUCCUAAGAUACUGGCCCUAUGGCUCUGACGGCUGUCAAAUUCAUGGAUUCCAGGGCUUCUUGACAGCGUUAGCCAGCAUUAGCUCCAGUGCUGCAGUCGCCUGGGACCGGUAUCACCACUACUGUACAAGGAGCAAGCUGCAGUGGAGCACGGCUGUCUCCAUGAUGGUGUUUGCGUGGCUGUUUGCUGCCUUUUGGUCCAUGAUGCCCUUGCUGGGGUGGGGGGAAUACGACUACGAACCCCUCCGAACCUGCUGCACCCUGGACUACAGCAAAGGGGACAGAAACUAUAUCACGUUCCUUUUUGCUCUGUCCAUUUUCAAUUUCAUGAUCCCGGGCUUCAUCAUGCUGACAGCCUAUCAGUCCAUACAUCAGAAGUUCAAGAAAAGUGGACACUAUAAGUUUAAUACUGGUUUACCAUUGAAGACGCUGGUCAUUUGCUGGGGUCCCUAUUGCCUUUUGUGCUUCUACGCAGCAGUUGAAAAUGUGAUGUUCAUUUCACCAAAAUACCGCAUGAUUCCUGCCGUUAUUGCCAAGACUGUGCCAACAGUGGAUGCCUUUGUAUAUGCCCUGGGGAAUGAGAACUACAGAGGAGGAAUAUGGCAGUUCCUCACAGGACAGAAGAUCGAGAAAGCAGAGGUUGAUAACAAAACUAAAUAA